AUGCGUUUCCAACUCCCUUCCCUAACUCCAUUCGUCAUGGCUGCGAUGAUGGCCACACCAUCCCUCGCAGCAAGUCCUGGCCUUUACCUCUGCCAGAACUGGGGUUUCAAUGACAGACCUGACAACUUCUGCUACAAGUACACCGAGCCUUGGGGCAAAUGCACCACCAUCACCGGUCGUUUCUCGGGGGGUGAUCGAGGUGUGUCGUCCGCUGGGCCUGACCAGGGGAACUGGUGUACCUUGUAUGAGAACGAAGGCUGUACGGGAGCAGAGUUGCAGCUUUAUUGGCCUGGGUUUUCUGCUCUGUCGCAGGUGGGUUGGAAUGAUCGUGCUAAGAGCUUCAAUUGCGCGGCUUUGUAGAAGCAUGGCUCUUAGCUGGUACUAGAUUCAACUCUAGUACAGCAGAUAUGAUGAUAAAGAGAAUGUAUGAUUCGAGUCAGAGUGGGC